AUGGCCAUGAAGGAUCUGUUGAAAUCUGAAGAUAUCAAGAAAGCCCUGGACGCCUUUGUGGUGGCAGACUCCUUUGACCAUAAGAAAUUCUUUGAGAUGGUGGGGAUGAGGGCCAUGUCGGCUGAAAACGUCAAAAAGGUGUUUCAGGCUCUGGAUGUGGAUGCCAGUGGCUUCAUAGAGGAAGAAGAGCUCAAGUUUGUGCUGAAGGGUUUCUCUUCGGAGGGCAGAGACCUGACUGACACCGAGACCAAAGCUUUCCUUCAAGCCGCAGACAAGGACGGAGAUGGGAAGAUUGGCAUGGACGAGUUCGAGGCCCUGGUUCACGAGUAGAGGACACCCACAUGCCUCCCCCCCCUGUAUCAUUUUUUAAAAAG